UGUUUCUGGAGGCUUCCUGGACUGCGUGGAGACGAGCGACCUGAGAGAGAGAGAGAGAGAAGGCAAGGGAAGGAGGAGAAGAAGGGGGACGAAGCGGACGAGGCGCGCGCGCGCCAUCUUUGCUUUGCUUCCUCUCUCUUCCCUCUCCUCUCCUCUCCUCCGGUCGUCGGCCUCCCCGGCCGGCCGGCGCCUGCCCGUGCUUGAGGCGCGGCGGCGGAUACGGGGGGUGACGACAUGGCCGACGGGGGAGAGAAGUGCCGGGACGCGGCCGGCGAGGGCGGCGGCGGCGGCGACCUGUACGCCGUGCUCGGGCUCAAGAAGGAGUGCUCCGACGCCGACCUCAAGCUCGCGUACCGGAAGCUCGCCAUGAGAUGGCAUCCGGACAAAUGCUCAUCCUCCAGCAGUGCAAAGCACAUGGAGGAAGCCAAGGAGAAGUUCCAGGAGAUCCAGGGCGCCUAUUCCGUCCUCUCAGACUCAAACAAGCGGUUCCUCUACGACGUGGGGGUAUAUGAUGAUGACGACAAUGACGAUGACAACCUGCAGGGGAUGGGGGACUUCAUUGGUGAGAUGGCCCAGAUGAUGAGCCAGGCACGGCCAACGAGGCAGGAGAGCUUUAAAGAACUGCAGCAGCUAUUCGUAGACAUGUUCCAAGCUGAUCUUGAUUCGGGUUUCUGCAAUGGACCCUCAAAGUGCUACCAUACCCAGGCCCAAAGCCAGACUCGAACAUCCUCAACCUCCCCUUCGAUGUCACCGUCUCCACCGCCUCCAGUAGCUACUGAGGCAGAAUCGCCAUCAUGUAAUGGUAUUAAUAAGCGUGGUUCAUCAGCAAUGGACUCUGGGAAGCCUCCAAGAGCCAGCGAAGUCGGUUCUGGACAGAGUCAAUCAGGGUUUUGUUUCGGGCAGAAGAGUGAUGCUAAACAAGCGGCGAAGACGCGAAGCGGGAACACGGCCAGCCGGAGGAGGAACGGCCGGAAGCAGAAGGUGUCGUCGAAGCACGACGUCUCGUCUGAGGACGAGAUGCCAGGUUCGCAGUGGCACGGCGUGGCCUGACCUUUUGUUCGUGACUGGUUUGGUCCUUUGAUGUGCCGGAGCACCGAGCUGCUGCCGCUGCCACUCUGCCGUGGCGGUGGCGCUGCUCGGAGUGAGUGACCGGGCGUGCCAAAACUCGUCGAUGCUGCUGCUACUGCGCAAUUCUUUCUCUCCAUCCGUGUCGCGGCUGUGUUGUACUACGUAGACAUUGCAUUUUACAAUUGAUUCUCAGUACCUAUCUGUCUUGCUGUUCAAUUUCAAGAACUGAAGAAGUCAUGUUGGGGAAAUCAAUGAUUGACGAAGCUUCUAUGAUAAACAGAACAAUAGGGGUGGGGUGAUCACGGUUCUAAGAGUUGAAAAGGGAUGCAAUGGUAUACAUAACUGCCAAUCUAUAGAAGUUUUCCAUUUUAUAUUUA